AUGCAUCUUGUGGGCGUACCACCAGAGGACAUGUUAGCCGUCGAUGAAGAAGCUUACGAAGAAGAAGGGACGUCUUCCUCGGUUGACGUGCCGUGCGACGUCAUGGAUCCCAUGUUUUACGUUCAAAACGCUAUCUACGAUUCCGGUAACGGCCAGUAAGUUUUUCUUUGUUUGUUUUGUCUUAUGAAUAGUUAAGAAUUAUUUGUUCGAGCUGUAUGGACGAGUUUCCGUCCUACAGGAAGGUCUACGCUCACUUGUUCGAUAUGCACGGCUUCAGCAAGCAGCAGAUUGAAGUUAUCAAAGCGCAGCGCCGUAUUUCUCUGAGUCAGCGCAAUCGCAACAAUGUUGGUUUUUGUCUCCUUUUUGUAUUUUCCGUAUUCACAUCAAUCCUUUUUUAGCAGCGCAAACAAACAAUAUAUUCUUGUGAAUACUGUGAUAUUCAAUUUGUUUCAAAGAGCGGCUUAAUGAAUCAUAAGGUAUCCUUCAAAAAAAAAAAAUGUGUUUCAUUUGGUUUUUCUAGAAACGUCUGCACAACGUCGAACUUCCUCCCACCACUAGCAUUGAUAAUAUUGUGUGUCCAAGCUACGGAUGCGGGAUGAGGUCAUUAGAAUCUUAUUUUUUCUUUCUCAAAAAGGAUCGGAGAAAUACUUUUUCGUGCAUAAAAAGCAGAAUCUAGUAUUUAAAUGUGAAGAUAGGGGGACUUUGAUCAUACUUUCCCGGUUUAACAAUUUCAAGAAGCCAGUCAAAGCUCGAAAAAGGAUUGUUUUCAUAAAAAUAAUAAAUAAAAUCUCGUUUUAAUUUUCGUACAGACUUAAAUGAGUUAUUUGUUCGUUUUUCUAAAUUUUUUUUUUCCAGUUUCUUCACUUAUAUGGAUUUAGCUAUCCACGUCGAUUCCUGCCAUCGAGACUUGGUAAUUUGUUUUCAUUGGUUUUAUUGCAGAUUGUUUUCAGACAACGAUUUCGGACUGUUUUCGCAUUCACAGAGAUCGAUUCCCUGACAAAGCUUCGUACGCGGUAAAAUAGUUUUUGAAUCGUUUGAGAAGUAAUAAACCUAGAAAUGGCGGAAAACGAUGGAAAUCCAGACAGAUUCCCAAUUUUAUACGCGAACCACCGAUAAUCAUUUGAGGUUUCGUAUCAUUUAGUAUGGGAAAAAUGAUUGUUUUAGAUAUGGGAAAAAGUCGACUCUUUUAAAAUGUUUGUACUCGAACACUCGGGGACAUUCGAAAGGACGACGCUGCGAGCAAUGUCCUGCUUUCAUUAGGGUAAAUGUUGAAGCAUGAAUUAUUAACAGAAGGGCGUACAUCAACUUUUUUCGAGAAAUUCCCUAGGAAUUAGAAAAUUUCAAGUCAUGGUGAAUUUAAUACAUCGGAAAAUUUUUGUUUGUUUUCAGAUGUGUGAGCGUUAUACCGGGGAGCUGGAGGUCGUGGCGUGUUUCGGACACUUGGGCCACGAACAUUCGACUGAAACUCGCAGGGCGGCAGAGCUGCGGGAGCGAAAAUGGCGCGAGUUCGAGUCGAUGCAGGACUUCGAGCUGCAGCAGAACAACGGCGAGGAGACCGUCGUGGAGGCCUACGUAAUUUCGACCGAGGAGGAAUACGAAGAAGAAGACGUCCAGUUCAAAGAUGACGCCGCUGCAACUACCAACAAGCCUGAGGUAUCUUUUUAAUUCUGAGGGAUUCUCGAAUAGUUGAGAUGAAGAAGUUAUCAUAUCAAUCAAUCAAUCAAAUCAUUUAUUUUGUUGGUUUAGUCAUAGAUGUAUCGACUAGGCGGUGAACAAGAACUUUGAAAGCUAUAACGAACAACCGCCUUUGGCGAGCUAGAAGUCCAAACGUGUAGUCGAAAGAGUUGAAAGCAUGGUCUUACGGUCCUUCGUCUCGUUCUUCUGCGCGUAGUCCAUCCAGUUGCGCCUUGACGAGCUCAGAAUGUAGCGGAUGUUGUGCUGGAGCCCGGAGACCGUGCUCUAGGUGGAAGCCUCAGAAUGAGAGCUACCACUUCGAGUGAAGAUUUUACACGGAAUAUAUGAAAUUAUUAUUUCUUUUGUCUCAUUUUGAUAGUCUAUAAAAGUUUUCCCUCAUACAGAACCUUUUAUAUAACCUCUCAAACAAAAUUAUAAACAUUUUCUCAAUUAACGUGCAAAAUUAUUAAAACUUUUUGGUAAAUCGUGUGCCGCUUUCCUGCUUCUGCUUCAAUUUUAAUCAGAACGAUAUUCACACUGCGUGCAAGUUCAUGAAAACAGUCUCUGAAUAGGUCUGUACUAAAGUCGAAGUUUCAUGAAUUAUAAUAUUCCUCUAUGUCAAAAAAAAGCAUAUAAUCAGACUUGUAAUCAGAACGGGUUCAGAUGGAUCGCCUGAUUCCUUUCGACAGAAAGCGUAGGAUGCCGGAGGAGCCGCAGAUACCUGUGAGAAUCAUGAGGUACGAAGAAAUUUGA